AUGUCCGAGAAGACUGCAGCAUACAAACCGGCAGAUGCUGCUGAAAAUGGUUACCCAGUAUCUACUCCACCAAUCCCCGGCCCCGGGACGUAUCAUGACAGACCCCAACGAAUGACUUUGGAACAACUCCAGGCUGAACAAGAUGCUGUCAGUUGGCCUGCUGCGAAGCGAUGGAGGAUACUAGGUGUGGUCUCAGCAAUGACGGUUCUUACUCCACUUGCAUCUUCCCUGUUUGCUCCAGCUGUCAGUCAAGUUAUGACGGAAUUCGACUCGGCAAAUGUUAUCCUGAGUGAAACUAUUGUCUCGAUCUAUGUACUGGGUUUCGCUGUCGGCCCACUCUUCGCUGCUCCAUUAUCAGAGGUCUACGGACGCAAGUGGGUCUACCUGCUGUCAUGCGCCCUCUUCCUGGUAUUCACCAUAGCUUGCGCAACGAGCUCCAGUCUUCCCAUGCUGAUCGUAUUUCGAUUUCUGGCUGGCUGUUUCGGCGCAACGCCCACCACACUCGGCGGCGCCACUAUCGGAGACAUGUUUCCGAAGGAAAAAAGAGGUGGUGCAAUGGCACUCUGGGGUAUAGGAGUUCAAUUGGGACCAGCAAUUGGACCAGUGAUCGGAGGCUUCUUGGCUUCUGCCAAAGGAUGGCGAUGGGUCUUCUGGCUGCUUGCAAUUCUCACCGGAUUUCUUCUCAUCGUCGGAAUUAUUGUUCUUCGCGAAACUUAUGCUCCAGUUUUGCUGAAGCGGCGGAUAACAGACUUGAACAAGGAAGCUGGUGGCCAGUAUCUUGAGAUGAGGCAGCCAGAUCAAGAAUCUUUGCCGCGUAUUUUGUCUCAAGCAAUCACGAGACCGAUCGCGAUGUUGUUUACAUCGCCUAUCGUUUUCUUGCUUUCCUUAUUCACUGCAAUGCUGUUUGGAGAACUCUACCUCUUCAUUACCACUUUCCCUUCUGUAUUCCAGAACUAA